AUGGCACCAGUAGCAGUUUCAAUCGAGGACAAAUACGACGCUUCACAAUUUCAGUCAGCCCACCAGGGCAAAACCAAAAAAGGCAGCUUCACUGUUAGUGAAGAAAACAAAAAACAAGCUUUGUAUCCUGAAUAUUUGCCUACAUGGAACCCAAAUCAAAAAUUUCCACCAUACAAGUUUCAAGAAUAUCACGACAAGGGUUUACAAGGGGACAAGAACUACAAGAAUUUGUUUCUAGGUGACAAAGAGUUUCAGGUCAAAAGGAUGACCCCAAAGUUGGGUACUGUUGUUGAAGGAAUUCAAUUGAGUCAAUUGGAUGAUGCUGCAAAGAAUGAUUUGGCUAGACUUAUAAGUGAUCGUGGUGUUGUUGUAUUCAAAAAGCAAGACUUUAACAAUCUUGGUCCUGAGUUUGCUAUCAAUUUCAUGAAGUAUUUUGGAACCUUGCAUACUCAUCCAACAUCGGGGGCACCAGAGAACCAUCCAGAAAUGCAUAUAACCUUUCGGGGAGCAUCACAGCAAGAAAUUGACUCUGUGUUUAAGACCAGAACAAACUCCAUAUUAUGGCACAGUGAUUGUUCUUAUUCUCUCAAUGCACUACAGUUGACUUUGUUCUCAUGCUUGCAACUUCCUGAAAGUGGUGGUGAUACUUUGUUUGCAAACACAGUUGAGGCUUAUGACAGAUUGAGUCCAGCGAUGCAAGAAAGAUUAGAGGGUUUACAUAUUUUGCAUUCUUCAGUUGAGCAAGCUGAAGCUAAUAAGAAGGCAGGUGGAAUUACGCGGAGAGAACCAGAAACUAAUAUCCAUCCUAUUGUCAGAGUCAAUCCAACCACUGGCAAAAAACAUCUUUACGUGAACAAGGAGUUCGGUAGAAGAAUUGUCGAGUUGAAGCAGGAUGAGUCUGAUUACCUUUUAAACUUCCUUUACGAUCACAUUGAAAGGGCUCAAGAUUUACAAAUACGAGUGGCUUGGGAGCCAGAUACAAUUGUGUUUUGGAAUAACGGAACUACCGUGCACACUCCAUGUGUUGACUUUGAUGAGCCAGUGAUUAGACAUGCUUAUAGGAUCAGUGUUAUGGGAGAAAGACCCGUUGCUGAUGUGAAACACUUGAAUGAUCCGGAUUAUUUGAGUGAAAAGUACAAAGAGUUGAAUAUUUAG